AUGAAUUGUUUUGAUUGUCAUAGAAAGUUAACACUAAAAGUUGAUAUUCUUGCAUCAAAAAUAAUUGUAAAGCUUAGACAUGAUAUCAUCCAUGAGAGGCCAGUUAACGUCACAACACCAAUGAAAAUUAAACAGGCAAUUAUAAUGAAUCUUUACUUGAAUCCUAUACAGCUUCGAACCUACCUUCGUAAUAAAUUCGAUACAUCAAAAAUUACAAUGCAACAAAUCCAUUAUUGGUGGUCUUUAUUUUCUCAAAAUUUUUACAAGUCAGAUAAAAAUUAUAUUAUAUCAGCACAUAAUUUUCUCUUAUCAGGUCAUGCGUCUGGCUGUGAACUUUGCUUUGAGCUGAUAAAUCGUCAAAUAACAGCAAUCGGGUUUACAACACCUUUACUUAAUGCUAAGAAUAAUCAGUAUGUUACUGAAGUCUAUUGUGAUGUAACCUACAAGACUGCAAAAGGAAGAUUCGAGUUAUAUAGACUCAUUGGUAACUUUGAAGGCUCAGGAUACCUAUUAGCAUAUCUUAUUUUAGAUACUACAGGAGUUUCUGAAAGUAAUUCACAAAAUGAAAAUCGAACUUCAGCGUAUCAUUAUCAAGUUGAAGAUGUAAUCGCAGAAUUCGACUUUAUUGAUCCAAAAUUUAAACCAAAUUUGGAAAAUUAUAAACCAGAAUCUUAUGAAAUCUGUUCACAAAAUCUUAGACAACAUAUUCUUAAUCUUGUUAAAAAACACUUUAACUUGCAUCCCAAAAUUUCUGUCAAUGCAGAUGAAAAUUACAAAACUGAUUUACCAAAUUGGGUGUGUAGCUGCCCAUCAUUUCUUAAUAGCUGUUUAUUGAUCUGUAAACAUUUGAUUCACAAUGCAAUUGAACAUGCAAAAACAUAUGAUUCUGAGGGUGUCUGUCUAGUAUAUUCUAAUUUUAAACGAUGUACAGACUACUCAUUUUUAAUUUGGGAUGGUAAUAGUAAUAGAAUACAAGACUCACCUUUUAAUACCUGUAUGGAUGCCAAUACAAAAUCCUCAACACAAGAAAAUAUGUUAAGAAAUAAUUUUUAUGUUAAAAAUGUGAAUGAUGAAAAUAUUGACCCAGAGCUUCGUCAAUACU